AUGGAGCAAAACCGUAUACCUCUUGCCCUUUCGCUCUUUGAACUCGUCUCUCGACCGCUGCAACGAUUCGUUGCGUUUGGACUGAUAGCUCUGACUUAUAUUCUGUUGUGCGCUAGUGGUCCUGCAGUCGCAGGGCGGUCGAGUGAUGUUGGAGCUGUAAAGAGUGUGGAAACCGAAGAGCCAGAUAAAGCGGACCCAACGGUGACGACGGCACUCACUCGAAGCGAUAGUGACUCGGCUGAAGAAGGCGGUGGAUCUGUUGUAAAAAGUGGUGAAUCGAAUAAAGACGGUUAUCGUGAUUUUCCAGCGGAUGCUGCUACUACAACGCACACGCAGUCCAUAGGGUCAACGAUUUCUCUGGACAAUGUAAUCUACGCAGUACAAAGAUUCGCGCCUGUGGCGUAUCACACGGGUCAGUUUUUGGCCGCUGGCGACCUUCACGCUUCUCUUGUGAAUCUCACUUCGGCGCUCGUCCUCGCCGGGCCGGCCACUCUCGGGGUCUUUCCUGAAAGCUUCUAUCAGAACCCGCCUGACGUGUCGGAAUCUUUCGCAUCCUUCGUGUCCUCACUCAAAAAGACUGCAAGCCUCACAGCAGAGACUUGCGGAGAUAGACUUGAAAUGAUGUCGGAGCUUGCGGAAAGUUUUCUCGCGGGACAAUCACAGGCCGAGCUAAUUGCUACCAGCGUCUUGAUGAUUUUCUUCGCUUACACAUUUUAUGCUCCCGAUCAUAAAAAAGAAAAAAGCUACAUCUACAUAAACGAAAGCUCUCGAUAAAAGAGGAUCAGAACAGAGACUAUUUUUAGAGUUGUUGUGGAAAAAAGUCCCAGGUGGAGCACUAGCGCUACCCUCCUUCAUAUUUCCUUGACAAAGACGCUGCAGCAGUGGUUUGUUUUUGGGGGGUGUUUUCUCCUUGGUGCUGUCGGAUGCAUGAGUGGUCUGAGGGCAUUGGAGAAGGCUGCGCUCGACGGCGGGCUUCACACUGUAUGAGAAGAAUGGUUUAUUUUGUCGACAUCACUAACGCAUCAAAUGCAAAUACAACGAACAAACUUGAUAGAAUGUACUAGAUGUGCUGCAACCAAGAAACUCUUUACCUUUCUUUGUGUGCUUAUCGAAUUCGCACUCUACGUAAGUACUCUCGGGUCCUCUUUCAUUUAAGUUUCUGGGCGCCAUCAGCGGUUCAUCAGACACGAGUGUUGUCGAGAACGUGGCGAACAGGCUUGUCGCUGAUGGAACGACGAAACUCAUAGCAUCUGGAAUAGCCGGGUGUCUAUUCGCGAUACUGUGUUACCAGCUGUUGCGUGUCGCUAUGUUCACAGUGGGUGCAAGUAUCGGGUGGUACAUGGCAGGUACAACUAGUGAUCCGCCCUCGCAAUUAAAUACUCUUGAGAGCUACUCUCCUGCAGAAAGUUAAUUAGAUGAACGAAUGAUGAAGAAACAAACUAGUAAAUAAUUUUCUUCGUGGGAUAGUGUCUAUCGAACCUCUUCAUAUACCUACGUAGGUAGAUAAUCCUAGUAUGUAGAAUUGUUGUUCUUCUUGUAUCCCCUCGAAGAAUUCAUCAUACAUACAACAACAUCAAACACCAGCUCAUGUAUACGCGACUCUUCGGCAAGCACCGUGGUUUCAAGAUCUAGCUGGCGACGGGUGGCAAGGGCAGUUGGCCGUGUAUGUUAUUCUCACAGUCGGUUGUGGCCGCUUCUUUUCAAGGGGAGGCGGACUGAGUGAUUAG